GAAUCAUGUCAGAAACACCACCACAACCUAUUGAAUAUGUACCAUACAAAGACGAACAUCAAUUACCAUCCAUCAUUCGGUUGAUUGAAAAUGAUCUCUCCGAACCUUACUCCAUUUAUACCUAUCGUUAUUUCAUUCAUAACUGGCCUCACCUUUGCUUUUUGGCAAUGGAUGGGGAAGCAUGCGUUGGGGUGAUUAUAUGCAAAUUGGAUCCUCAUAAAGAUCGGUUAAGAGGAUAUAUCGCCAUGUUGGCAGUGGCCAAAGAUUAUCGAAAACGAGCUAUUGGGAGUACACUGGUGCAACGAGCGGUGCAUGCCAUGAAACAACAACAAGCUGAUGAGAUCGUGCUGGAGACUGAAUUCACUAACCAAGGCGCUUUGAGCUUAUACCAACGUUUAGGUUUUAUCAAGGACAAACGGCUUUAUCGUUACUAUUUGAAUGGUAUCGAUGCUUUUCGAUUGAAAUUGUUUUGUAAUACCAUGGUCAAGGAUAGUUAGUUUACUAUUAUUAUUAUUAUUUUUUUAUUUAGAUUAUUAUUGUAUAUACAUUCAAUUUAAUAAAAAUCCAAUUCUUGUUGUUUUUGAU